CUCCUGGUCUCCCAUGCGGGUGCAGGGCCCAAGCACUUGGGCCAUCCUCCACUGCACUCCCUGGCCAUAGCAGAGAGCUGGCCUGGAAGAGGGGCAACCGGGACAGAAUCCGGAUCCCCGACCAGGACUAGAACCCGGUGUGCUGGUGCCACUAGGCGGAGGAUUAGCCUAUUGAGCCGCAGCGCCGGCCUCUCCAUGAUUCUUAACUACCUGAUUGUGAUCCUCACUAGCCAUCCACAAGCCACAGUGUGGUUUGAAGGGAGGGGCCUGCCACCCCACAUCUCUAGUAAUAGCCCUUAUACUGCAUGUGGACUUCUUCUCAUUUAUUUUUCCACAUCAAGGAGUUAUUAUUCUGUAAGAGUUUUAUGUCUCAUAAAAAUGUUGAAAAUGUGGGUUUGUAAAAGAAAAGUGAUGACUGUUGGGCACCACUAUGAUUUGUCAUGGGUUAUAAAGAAUCUAGUGGUUAUCAAGAUAUAGACAAUGAUUAUUUUAUUCAUAACAGUUAUAUUUUCUUGUUUUGCAGAUUAUUGCUGUUAUAGCCCAUGAAUACUGUAGUUUGUCUUGCUAUUCCCUUAAUAUCCAAGAAAGAACAUUAUGGAAGGAGAAAACCAAACAGCUCUGUCAGAUUUCAUCAUUUUAGGAUUCUCCAACUUAAAUGAUUUGCAAUUUUUACUCUUUACCAUAUUCCUUAUGAUCUAUCUCUGUACCCUGGGAGGAAAUAUCUUCAUUAUUUUGAUAACAGUGGCUGAUGCCCGACUGCACACUCCCAUGUAUUUUUUUCUGAGGAAUUUGGCCUUUCUUGACAUCUGCUACACUACUACCAAUGUCCCCCAGAUGAUGGUGCAUCUCCUAUCAGAGAAGAAAAGCAUCUCCUAUGGGGGCUGUGUAACCCAACUUUUUGCAUUUCUUUUCUUUGUGGGUGUGGAAUGUCUUUUGCUGGCAGCAAUGGCAUAUGAUCGUUACAUUGCAAUCUGCAAACCCUUAAGGUAUUCAGUUAUCAUGAACAAGGCCCUGUACAGCAAGUUGGCAGCCUCAUGCUGGGUGAGUGGCUCCCUCAACUCAGUGGUGCACACAGCUUUGACAUUUCGCUUGCCCUUCUGUGGCAACAAUCAGAUUAAUUAUUUCUUUUGUGACAUUCCCCCUUUGCUGAUCUUGUCUUGUGGGGACACUUCUGUCAAUGAAUUUGUUUUGCUCUUCAUUGGGGUCUUUAUUGGCUGGGCUCCUUUUCUGGGUAUCAUCGUUUCCUAUCUCUUUAUAAUUUCUGCCAUCCUGAGAAUUCACUCUUCAGAGGGAAGGCAAAAGGCUUUUUCCACCUGUGCCUCCCACCUGGUCAUCGUCCUUCUCUACUAUGGAAGUUCCAUUUUCACAUAUGUACGGCCCAUCUCAUCUUACUCAUUGGCAAAAGAUAGGCUCAUCUCGGUAUUGUAUAGUGUUGUUACUCCCAUGCUAAACCCUGUAAUUUAUACUUUGAGGAAUAAGGACAUAAGAAUGGCCCUGAAAGCUGUGGGAGGAAAAGACCUGACUUUCAAAUUUCCUUUUCCUUGAAACACAAUGUAUGUAUUUUUCUAUGUUUGGAUACUAUAUUAGAAAAUUAUUUAUCUUACUGAUAUGAUCUGAUUGCUUAUUGCCAACAUUAAUAGUAAAACUCUAAGAAUUAAAACUUAUUUUCAUUCUGUUCCAUUGGUCUAUCCAUCUAUUUCUGUACCAGUACAAUGCUGUUUUGAUUAUCACUGCCUGUAGUAUGUCCUGAAAUCUGGUAUUGUGAUACCUCCAGCUUUUUUUUUGUACAAGAUUGCUUUAGCUAUUUGAGGUGAGUUCAGUCUGUUGAAAUCUUUGCUUAGUAUAUACUAAGUUGAU